AUGGCAGACUUAAUGCUCAACAUUUGCCUAUCUAAAGACUCCUCCUCCCCGGGGGCGAAGACGCCAAACAGGACGCAAGAGCGCAACAUGGCCUGUCAAUUCAAAAAACGCAAAAGAAAGAAGAUCCCGGAGACGUCAGAGCGAAGCGUCUCGUUCACGCAGCGUUCAUUUUCUCAUGCUUCCACGCCGAACAGGGUCUUACCUCAUGUGGCGAGCUUCAACAAGCCUUCUACUUCCUUACACUGGCAGCCUUCUAUCUCGACCAACGCCAAAGCGUCCGAACCAAACUCUCGACCAAUCCCGGUCCCCCGGUGUCUUCCGUCAGGUUUGCCAAGCAAGUACCUCGCAAUGGAUUGCGAGAUGGUGGGCACUGGCCCCAAGGGAAGCAUCAGUCAUCUUGGACGCUGCAGCAUAGUGUCGUAUGAGGGCGAUGUGGUGUUUGACAAGUUCAUCAAGCCGUCGGUACCUGUCACUGACUACCGCACGCGCUGGAGCGGCCUCCGUGCACGUGACCUCAAGAACGCCACGCCUUACGUCCAGGCCAGGAAGGAGAUCCUGAAACUCCUGGCCGGCAAGGUAGUAAUCGGCCACGCCGUUCACAACGACUUCCAGGUCCUUCAGUACUCGCACCCGGCCGCCCUUACCCGGGACACGUCGCGCAUCCCGCUGCUCAACCGGCGGGCCGGCUUUGAAGAGAAAAGUAUCGCCUCGCUCAAAAGGCUCACCAAGGCCAUCUUCAAUCGUGACAUCCAGACCGGACGCCGUGGCCACUCGUCGUUGGAAGACGCUCGGGCAACUAUGGAUCUCUACAAGUUGGUGGAAAACGAGUGGGAAAAGACACUGGCGUCAAGGAAGAUGGGCGGUAGUGGCAGCUGA